AUGUCAGACAACAUUCCGUUUGAAAUUCAAUUGGAAAUCAUGAAACGGCUUCCUGUGAAGUCGUUGAUUCAGUUCCGGUCGGUCUCGAAAACAUGGAAAUCUCUGAUCGGCAGCUCUCGUUUCAUUACCGAAUACAGCAGCCAACAGCAACAUCUACUUGUAAGGUAUUCUGAUUCAGUCGAAUCCAUAAUCCAUACAAAAAGUCCCAAUAGAAGUUUACUAACACGGCUCUUCCGUCGCUCUACUGCUCGGGUUCCAGUUCCUCUUUUUGAGCAUAAAUAUGUUUCAGUUGUUGAUGAUGAUCAUCAUCAACACAAAGUUUCCAUGACUCAUGUCCCUGUAUCUGUUAAGAUGCUUAUAUAUCCUAGGUUAAUCAGCAUUUCUCACGGCUUGGUGUGUUUGUACAGCCCGAGUACUCAUGUGGCCUAUCUUUGGAAUAUUUCAAUUAGGAAAAUUGCUGCUGUUGUUGUGCCUGCUUCGGCGAACGAGUGGGGGGAGGAAUAUCAAACAGCUCUAGGUUUCGGGGUUUGUCGUGAGACUAGCGAUCCUAAGAUUGUCAAGAUUAGAUAUGUUGAUCCCUUAUUGUCGAGUGAGCUCAUGACGGCACAUCUUACUGGCAUCCGCAUCCCCAUAGACCCCAUCUCCUCUCAGGUUGAGGUUUUUACUUUAAGCACAGGGGCUUGGAGAAGUCCAUAUGGCGUCAAUCUCCCUAGAAACUCAAUCUCUUUUUAUCUACGCGACGAGCUAGUAAUAGAUGGAGUUUUUUAUUGGCUUGCCACUGAAUGGAUUGUUACCAGGUUGAUUGUUUCAUUUGAUAUGACAACUGAAGAAUUUAUAGAAAUUACCUUACCAGAUGGUUUAUCAAACAUUAAUAAUCAAAUUUCCAUGUCUAAUCUAAGGGACUCUCUUGUUGUGUAUGGAUACGAUCAUCGGGUCAUUAAUAAGGAUUUCUGUGUAUGGACGAUGGGGGGUGGUGUUUUUACAAAGUUAUUCACGAUUACGCUAAAUGGAAAUGCUAUGCUAAGGGGGUUUCGGAAGAGUGGUGAACCUAUCAUUGCUAUUCCAGAAGAAGGAAAACGCGGACGACUUGCCGUUGUUUACGAGCCUUACUCAAAUCACGUCGAUAAUCUUCGGAUUGAUGGAUUACCCUUCUCAUUUAAAGUGUAUCCCUACAUUGAGACACUAUAUCUUCUUGAUCAUCCAUAUAUUAUGGUUUAUAAUGCCAUUUGA